GCACGAGUAAUCUCUCUCUUACACAGCAAAAUAAAUAAGCAAAGACCUCGGUUACUCGACACUAGCAGAAGAUAUCUCUCGGUAUCGAUUCGAUAGUGGCUUAAGUUGAGAAAAUAACUCGUCGUAUUCACUUAAUUUUAUCGUAUUUAUCGUAAUUUUAUUGUAAAGAGCAGAAAUGGAGUUUGAUUUGCCGACAAACGAUAUUAGGUUAAAGAGAAAACGGAUUGAUGAAACUGAUAAGCAAUGGUCGGAUGAAAAUUUCGAUCCAAACCAAGACGAUUUGAAGAGCUAUUACUAUUUUUACGAUAAAUAUAUUGAGUUCGAACGUCAUUAUGAGCUUUUUAAAAAAGAGCUAGAAGCCGAAGUUGACAUCGAGAAUGAAAAAAUAAUUGAAGAGAGUAUUCAAACGAAUUAUUGGGAUAUCGAACUGGACAACGUGACAAGAAUUGCUUAUUUUUACGAGAAGUAUAUCGAGUUCGAACGUCAUUACGAACAUCUUAAAAAAGAAUUGGAAGUCGAAGUCAACAUCAAGAAAGAAAGGAUAGUUGAAGAGAAUAUACAAACUAAUUCUUUGGAUGUAUGGACUUCUCAUUACGACGAUGAAGAAAUUGCUGAACUGUUCGAUUGUCACGACGUCAAAUUCCGAUUAGAAGAUGUUGAAGAAGAACCAGAAGCUCACGUCAAAACUGAGCGAGCAAUUGAAGUGAAUACGACAGAUAGUUUCUCUGAACAGACUGGACUAGAAAAUUUCGAAGUAGAUGCAGACGAGAUCAUCCAAAAUGAAAAUACAAUUGAAAUGAAUGAGAAAACUAAUCAUCGAGGCCGAGCGAGCCGAAAAAAUAAUCACACGAAAUUAAUUGGCCUUCGUAAUAGUGAUUGGAAAGUUUCUCGAUUCAAGCGUACACGAGGCAUUAAAGGUACAAAGAAAAAAUGUAAACCUUUUGGGUGCGUCUCUGAAUGUUACACGUCUAAUAAAGCAUCGAAGAAUGGCCUAAACUACUUGAAUGUGAUGAACGAAUGUUGCAACCAUUGCAAUUUGUGCUACAUGCGCACAGACUAUUGCGAACGGAAUAAUCUGGUAGUGCAGAUCAAUACCGAAAAUCGUAAAAUCAAGAGUUACUAUUGUGGAUGUGGACAAGAAUUUCGACAGAAAUUGAUUUUGAAUAUGCACAUCGAUUCCAAGCACCCGAAUAUCGUCACUAGUCCGGUGAUAAUUUAUUGGCAUGAAAAGGGAGAUGAUACCUUCGAGUUAAGAGUGCAGGAUACACUAUGAGCCUUUUCAAAAAUUUCAUCUUGCGCAGAUAAAUGUUUAACCACUUGUCGAUAACGUAAAGAAUUUUAUUUCUUUGUUAUAUAAUGGAUGUUAACAAAAUAAGUAUUAAAUAAUGCUGAAUUAAGGCUAAAUUUAAAAGCUAUAUCAAAAGCUCAAUUCAACGUGAAAUUUACACGAGAUCGUGUAUAAAAACAACGUAAUAGUUUGUAUUGUUUGGUGGUGUUGUUGGUGGUGUUGUUAAACUAUUGUGUGUAGGUGCGCACUAAAAUGUUUUAAGUGCGAUUUUAUCCUGACGAUUAAAAAUGUAGUCGUGUUUUAUUUACAGCAAUGUUGCAAAUGAUGUUGUAAUAAAAUUAGAAAAUACAAAGAUGUAUCCCAGAA